CUCCGGAAGUCAGGAGGAGCCGCUCUCUCCGCUGCUCUCUGUGGUGGCGCGGUCGCCCACUGUGUAGUCUGGAAGCCCUUCGCCUAGGAGUUGGCACGUGACACUUGUUUGGAGGUUAUGGAUGAAAAGCCCAGUCCUGGAACCCUAAGUGAGAGUUCAGAACCUCUCUUCUCCUUUGGAGUUAUAGCAGAUAUUCAAUAUGCUAAUUUAGAAGACGGCUAUAAUUACCAAGGAAACAGACGGAGAUACUACAGACAUAGUCUUCUUCACUUACAGGGUGCUAUUGAACACUGGAAUAAAGAAAGCACCCCACCACCCUGUUGUGUUCUUCAGCUUGGAGAUAUCAUCGAUGGAUAUAAUGCGCAGUAUAAAGCAUCAGAGCGGUCACUAGAACUUGUUAUGAACACAUUUCAGAUGCUUCAAGUCCCAGUUCAUCAUACAUGGGGAAACCAUGAAUUCUAUAACUUCAGCAGAGACUAUUUAACAAACUCUAAACUAAACACAAAAUUUCUAGAAGACCAGAGUGUACAUCGUCCUGAGAAUGUGUCUUCAGGGAGUUAUUACGCUUAUCAUUUUGUACCAUUCCCUAAGUUCCGGUUCAUUUUACUCGAUGCCUAUGACUUGAGUGUCUUGGGCGUGGAUCAGUCUUCUCCAAAAUACCAGCAGUGUCUGAGGAUGCUGAAGGAGCACAAUCCAAAUAUGGAAUUGAAUAGUCCUCAAGGACUCUCUGAGCCUCAGUUUGUUCAGUUUAAUGGAGGAUUCAGCCAAGAACAGCUGAACUGGUUGAAUGAAGUCCUUACAUUCUCUGACACCAACCAAGAAAAGGUGGUGAUCGUGAGCCAUCUUCCCAUUUACCCAAAGGCCUCUGACACUGUGUGCCUUGCCUGGAAUUACAGAGACGCCCUCACCGUCAUUUGGUCUCAUGAGUGUGUGGUGUGUUUCUUCGCCGGUCACACUCACGAUGGCGGCUACUGUAAGGACCCUUUUGGUGUGCACCACGUCAAUCUAGAAGGGGUUAUUGAAACAGCUCCGGACAGCCAGGCUUUUGGCACAGUUUACGUCUAUCCUGACAAAAUGAUGUUGAAAGGGAGGGGCAGAGUGCCAGACAGAAUUAUGAAUUACAAGAAGGAAAAAGCUUUCCAUUUUUAGUCUGAUUUAUUUAGUCUGUAUAAAAGGAUGACUUUGCCUUGUGUUUUUGUACCCCUCCCCCACCCCUAAUCCUCAAUCACAUUUAGUAUUCUCUUUGCAUAACAAAAUGUAUUUAUGGCUUCACUGUGUGUUGGCUCAUAAGACAUUCUGAAAUGUCAUUUUUGGAUAAUAUAUCCAGUGCUGAAAAUUGGAAAGAA